CCGAGGGAAAGCGAGAAGGAGAGGAAGAGGCAGAGGUAGACCGAAAAAAGGUGAAAUGCCAGAAGAAGACGACGUAGUAGAAAUAGUUGCGAAACCCAGAGACCAAGGCACAGGUGAAGUUGAAGGAGGAGGAGAUGACAUGGAGGAGGAAGACGUCGAUAUCAAUGAGAGUGAGGAUUCCAGGGACGAAGAUGAAGACCCAGAUUUGGAGCGUGGUGGUGAUGAUGACGCAGACUGGGUGCCCUCCAGGGAGGAAGCUGAAGGAGAUGAUGAAGAGGAAGAUGAAGAGGCUGCUGCUGGAUCUUCCACCUCCAAGAGGAAAGCUGCUGGACAACCACGGGGCAGCGCAGCAUCCGAUAGCCAAGGUGGAGGAACAGGCCGGGGCUCCACAGGUGCUGACGAGGAGGGUGGGCCCUGGUUGGACGAGAGUACAGAGGACCACCUGCCACCUCAGCCCGAAUUUCAGCCUCUACGGACGCCUGGUCCGCAAAUUACACAAGGAGCGGAAUACACAACCCUGCAACUCUUCAGGCUGUUCUUUACUGACGCCAUGCUGCGCACUCUGGUGCGAAACACCAACAAAUACGGAGGAAUUCAUUACAGCGACCGAUGGACUGACAUCACGCGUUCAGACCUCUUUUCAUACAUGUCCAUGGUCAUAUACAUGGGAAUAACACAGCUGCCUACCAUUGAAGACUACUGGAAACGUACCAAACUAUUCAACCUGCCUUUUCCCAGGUCCGUGAUCACUCGCAAGAAGUUCACGCUCAUCUCCACGGCGCUAUACAUGAGCAACCCCGAGGACGAUGCCGCAAACGAGGCGCGCAGAGGAACGGCCGAAUACGAUUGCCUGCAGAAGAUAAAGCCCAUGUACACGGAGCUGAGGGAGGCUUGCAGGAACAACUUCCAUCCCUACCAGCACAUCCGUGUGGAUGAGAGAGCGGUGUGCAGAAGAGUUCAGAAAGACAAGCAACACAAGUAUGGUUUCAAGCUGUUUUUCCUCACGGACUCCAGAUGCGGUUACAUGUGGGACUUCCAUGUGAAUGAGGGCAGAUGUGAGAUGGCGACUGGAAAAGGCCUCAGUUACGAUACGGUGUUGGAGCUGGUGUCCACGGAUGGUCUGGGCGCAGGAUACAAACUGUAUGUGGACAAUUUUUACAACUGCCCAGAACUCUUCAAGGACCUCCUGCAGAAGAAGAUCUGGGCCUGUGGCACCAUCGGGCCACGUUGCAAGGGCUUCCCUAGUACAAACAGGCCUGGCUCGCUUGACAAGAAGUCUCCACGAGGUGCCAUCAGGUGGAUCAGGGAAGACCCCCUGUUGUUUGUGCAGUGGAGAGACAAUUGUGAUGUGCAAAUGUGCUCCACCAUGCACCAGGCCCACGCAGGAGAGACCGUCCAAAAGAAGGUGAAGGUUGCUGGUGGGAAGUGGUUGGCCAAGGACAUCCCAGUUCCACCAGCAGUCAAAGACCACAACAAACACAUGGGUGUGGCUGACAACCAGUCGGAUGCCGUCAUUGACUACAACAGCGUCUGGCUCAGAACAAAGAGGUGGUACAGAACCUUGUUUUCCAACUUCAUGGACAUUGCGAUCGCCAACGCCUUCAUUCUGCACAAGGAGAUUGCCUUGAGCAAAGGGGAAACGCCACGGACGCAGCAGGCCUUCCGAGAGGAUCUCUUGACGGAGCUGUCAGAAGCCGGAUCCUACCCGGAUCCUAGCUGGAUGGUGGCCAUACCUCCCACAGCUUCCCCGGCGGCCCCCAAAAAAGGCGGCAUGCACCUGCCAGAGUACUUAUCGAGCAAUGCCACCACGGGCCGUAGGAAGUGUGCCGUUUGCCGGAUGUCGUGCCCCAUCAAAUCCCACUUUGUCUGGAACAAAGAAUUGAAUUGA